AUGACGAAUCUCAAGAGCACCGACUUCACCACGGCUUGCCGCCGGGCCGAGGCUAGGACGGACUCGCUCCUCCUCUUCGGGCCGCAGUUCCUCACCCUCAACGCUGACGUGUUGCACGACAUACGUUCCAAGGUCCGGGGCACGCCCGACCAGGAAUGGAUUGUCACAACUAUCAGCUCGCUUCCAGACUGCUGGAAUACGUUCGUGACGGCGUAUCCCCAAUAUGCCGUCAUUGAAAAUGCGACGCAGAUGCUGGCGGCUUUGGCCGAGUGGUUCCAAACGGAGCCACCCGCUGGGUCGUCCGAGACGAAGUCUGCCUUCUGGCCGGGAUUCGACGCCACGCUGCCCAACCUGGUCCUGAGCCCACUGGUCGUCAUAGCCCAUCUGACAGAAUACAUGGCCUUUCUGGAUUUGCAGCAGCAGCAGCCGCAAGCUAACCGGGACCCGGCAGUGCUGGGCUUCUGCACGGGGCUGUUUAGCGCCUUUGUGGCGGCUCUCGCUGGCAAAGACCGCGAUGCUGUUCGCGAGCACGGCGAGACAGCCGUGCGGCUGGCCAUGCUGGUCGGGGGCAUCGUCGACGCCCAAGGGGUCCUGGACUCCUCGGGACCAGCCAGGGCGUUAGCAACGUCGUGGGCCUCGGGAUCGGGAUUGGAAGCUCUCGAGCGCAUCCUGAACCGGUUCCCCGAGAGCUAUGUCUCGGUGGCGUACGACGAGAACAGGGCCACCGUCACCACGGCCGCAAAGACCGCCGACGAGGUGCAGCGCGAGAUGCGGGCCGCAUCCAUCGUCGCCCAAGAGAUUGGUCUGCGCGGCCGGUUCCACAACGAAUGGUACCGCGACGCUCUCGGCCAUCUCCUCCAGCACGUCGAUGCGCACCCAGACCUCCGCCUCCCGGACGCGUCCAUGCUGGUGUAUCCCGCGUGGUCAAAUGCGGGCACCAGCGCGCCCCUCACCAGCGGGGCUCUUCAUGCGCACGCUCUGCGGGCCGUCCUCGUCGAGCGGUCAGAAUGGCAUCGCUCGUUUGAGUCGGCGUGGGCGGCGUCCAUCCCGGACAGCGCCGGCUCGCGCAUCAUCUGCUUUGGACCGGAGCGGUGCAUCCCGCCUUCGGCCAUGCGCAAGCUCGGCGGCCGCGUGGCCGUCGUGUACAUGGCCGAAGAGACAAAGUCCCAGCGCCGAGGCGCGACCUCGGCGGCCAGCCACGGAGAGGCCGCCGCGGACCGGCCAACAGCCCGCAAGGAAGAUGAUAUUGCCGUCAUAGGCAUGUCCAUCAAGGUUGCUGGGGCCGACGAUGUGGACGAGUUCUGGGACCUGCUCUGCCACGGCUCGUCGCAACACCAAGAGGUUCCCGCGGACAGGCUGAGCUUUGACAACGUCUGGCGAGAGGCCGACACGGGGCGCAAGUGGUUCGGCAACUUCAUCCGCGAUCACGACGCUUUCGACCACAAGUUCUUCAAGAAGUCGGCGCGCGAGAUCGCCUCGACCGACCCGCAGCAACGCCACAUGAUGCAGGUGGCAUACCAGGCGCUGGAGCAGUCCGGCUACUUCGCGUCGCGGCCAGCCGAUAUGAAGAUCGGCUGCUUUGUGGGCGUGUGCAGCGCCGACUACGAGAACAACGCGGCCUGCUACCAGCCCAACGCCUACACGGCCAUCGGAAACCUCAAGUCGUUCAUCGCCGGCAAGAUCAGCCACUACUUUGGCUGGGAAGGCCCCAGCAUGUGCAUCGACUCCGCCUGCAGCUCGUCCCUUGUCGCUGUGCACCAGGCGUGCCGCGCCAUCCUGGGUGGCGAGUGCUCGGCUGCGCUCGCCGGCGGUGCCAACAUCAUGACGAACAGCCUGUGGUUCCAGAACCUGGCCGCCGCCAGCUUCCUGAGCCCCACGGGCCAGUGCAAGCCGUUCGACGCCAAGGGAGACGGCUACUGCCGCGCCGAGGGUUUCGCCGCCGUUUUCCUCAAGAAGAUGUCCCAGGCCAUCCAGGACGGCGACCAGAUCCUGGGCACCAUCUCGAGCACGGCCGUCUACCAGAACCAGAACUGCACACCCGUGUUUGUGCCUAACUCGCCGUCGCUUGCUGACCUUUUCCGUGAUGUCGUAAACAAGGCACGACUGUCGCCAAGGCAAAUUACCGUCGUCGAAGCCCACGGCACCGGAACCCAGGUGGGCGACCCGGCCGAGUACCACAGCAUCAAGGCGGUCUUGGGCGGCGACGUACGGCCUGGGACCGCUCCGCUUGCGCUCGGCUCGGUCAAGGGCCUGGUCGGGCACACUGAGUGUUCGUCAGGAGCCGUGUCGCUCGUCAAGACGCUGCUGAUGCUGCAUCACAAGACGAUCCCGCCGCAGGCCAGCUUCGACACGAUCAACCCGGCCAUUGGGGCCAAGCCGGCCGACCACAUAGAGAUCGUCACAAAGCUGACGCCUUGGCGCGUCGAGGCCGGGGGCAUUCACGCGGCCUUGAUCAACAACUACGGCGCAUCCGGAUCCAACGCAUCCGCCGUGGUGACCGAAGCCCCCCAGGUCUCCCGAGAGUCGAACGCGGCGGCGGGAGCUGGAGCGUCGGGCAGCCGAGGCGCCGAGUACCCGCUGCGCAUAUUCGGUCACGACGAGCGUGCGCUCAAGGCUUACUGCGAGCGACUUCGACGCUAUCUGGCAGGGCAAGCAGCACGAGACGGCAACUCUCCCAAAGGCGGCCUGUCGCUCCCAGACCUCGCCUUCAACCUCUCGCGGCAGGGCAACCCUACUCUGGACAAGUCGUUUGUCUUCGGCGCCAGCUCGGUCGAGCAGGUCGUCGAAAAGAUGGCCGCCUUUGAGAAGGGCCAGGACACCCGCGGGCUGGUGUCCUUGUCACAGAACCCGCCCCGUCCCGUCGUGCUCUGCUUCGGGGGACAGGUGAGCACCUUUGUGGGUCUGGACCGGGGCGUGUACGACGCCUGCAAGGUCUUCCGUGCCCACCUGAACGAGUGCGACGCCGUGUGUGUUGCUCUGGGCAAGGCCGGCAGCAUCUUCCCGGGCAUCUUCCAGCGGGAGCCGAUCAGUGAUCCCGUCAAGCUGCAGACGAUGCUGUUCGCCACGCAGUACGCGUGCGCCCGCAGCUGGAUGGACUGCGGCGUCGAACCCGUGGCCGUUGUGGGCCACAGCUUUGGCGAGCUCGUUGCCCUGUGCAUCUCGGGCGUGCUUUCGCUGCGCGAUGCCUUGAAGAUGGUGAUUGGGCGCGCGGCCGUGAUCCGUGAAUCGUGGGGCCCGGAAAAGGGCGCCAUGAUGGCUGUCGAGGGCGACCAGCAGCUUGUCGAGAGCCUUUUGGCCGCUUCUGGCUCCGGAGCUACCAUCGCCUGCUUCAAUGGGCCGCGGAGCUUCACGCUGGCCGGCACGGCCGCCGAGAUUGACGCCGUGGCCGAGACUCUGAACAAGCGGGGCGAGUUCUCCGGGGUGCGGUUCAAGCGACUCAACGUCACCAACGCCUUCCACUCCACGCUGGUCGAGCCCUUGAUCCCGCAGUUGAUCGAGGUCGGCGAAGAAUUGACCUUCCACGAACCACGCAUUCCGCUCGAGAUGGCGACCGAGGUCCGCGCGUCCGGCAAGCUCACCGGCCGGUACGUGGCGGACCACAUGCGCAAGCCCGUCUACUUCAACCACGCAGUUCGCCGCCUCGCUCAGCAAUACCCGUCCUGCGUCUUCCUCGAGGCGGGCUCCAACUCCACCAUCACAAACAUGGCGAGCCGCGCCCUGGAGUCGCCCAAGGCCUGCCACUUCCAGCCUGUCAACAUUACAAGCGACGGCGGUAACGGUCUCUCCUCGCUCACCAACGCCACGCUCAGCCUCUGGAGGGAAGGUCUGCGGACGACUUUCUGGCCUCACCACCGCACACAGACGUACGAGUACGCACCACUCCUGCUGCCGCCGUACCAGUUCGAGAAGUCGCGCCACUGGCUGGAGAUGAAGGCGCCGCCCCGUGGCGCCUUGCCGGGCAGCGAGUCAGCCACAGGCAAAGCCGAACCGGAGACCCCUCAGGGCCUCUUCUCCUUUGUCGGAUACCAGGACAAGGCCCAGCGCUCGGCACGCUUCCGCAUCAACACUGCGACGCGCGAAUACCUGGACCUCGUCUCCGGGCACCUCAUCGCCAAGACGGCGGCCAUCUGCCCGGCCACGCUAAUCGUGGACAUGGCCAUCGAGGCGCUCACCGGGCUGCGGCCCGAGCUGUCCCCGGCGCGGGGCGACAUGCAUCCCCAGAUUCACGAGGUGCGCAACCAGGCGCCGAUCUGCAUCGACGAGUCGCGGACCGUCCUGCUGGACUUCGACGCGGCCGACGCGGCGUGCCGCACGUGGGACUGGAAGAUCAGCAGCUCGAGCCCCAGCAAGGGCGCCGCCAUGGUGCACGUCACCGGCCGUCUCGUGUUCGUGCCCGCCAGCGCCGACACCGAGCUGCGGGCCGAGUUCAAGCGCUACGAGCGGCUGACCGGCGGCCACCGGCACUGCGCCAACGUCUUGGAGGCCGCGGUCGCCGACGACGUGAUGCACGGGGCCCGCAGCAUCUACCGCGCCUUCGCCGACGUGGUCGACUAUGCCGAGCCGUACCGCGGGCUCCAGCGGCUCGUGGGCAGGGGCCAGGAGUCGGCCGGCCGCGUGGUCAAGAAGCACGCGGGCAAGACGUGGCUGGACACGCACCUGUCCGACUGCUUCAGCCAGGUCGCCGGCAUCUGGGUGAACUGCAUGACUGACUGCAGCCCCGACGACAUGUACAUUGCGACGGGCUUUGAGAAGUGGCUGCGCUCGCCCGUCCUGGGUCCGGAUUACGUCCGGCCCGAGACGUGGGAUGUGCUUGCCUGCCACCAGAAGGAAGCCGGCAAGCUGUUCCUCAGCGACGUGUUUAUUUUUGAUGCCGUCAAUGGGAACCUGGUUGAGGCCAUUCUCGGCAUCAACUACCACGGCGUCAGCAAGCUCUCCAUGAGCAAGACGCUCGCCAGGCUCACUCCCGGACUGUCGAGCGAGGGGGCAAACAGCAGCGUCGCGGAUCGGACCUCGGCAGCAGCUGUCCCGGUUGGUACUGCAAGCGCCGACGAUGUAACUAAGGGAACUGGCGAGCUCGGGGCUGCUCCCGCGGAUAAGAGCGCUGGGAAGACGAAGGCCGCUCGGCCCGAAAUAGAUGUGGCAGGCAAGAUCCGCAUCAUUCUCGCCGACAUCUCCGGGCUGGAGCCAAGCGAGAUCAAGGACGACGCCGGACUGGCCGACAUCGGCAUCGACUCGCUCAUGGGCAUGGAGCUGGGACGCGAGAUGGAGGGUGUCUUCAAGACGCCGCUGAUGAGCGACGAGCUGGCGCAGGUCACCACGUUCCGCGAGCUGGUGGCCCAUGUCUCGGGCGUCCUGGGCCUGACGCCCGGGGAGGAUCAGGAGUCAGAUGAGCUCGGUGACGGGGCCGGCGACGACAGCACGGUCUCUCAGAGCGGAGCCGAGACGCAAUUCAGUACGCCGACCGGCGCCUCGACACCGCCUCCGGCCGAAGCAGACAAAGAGCUGAAACCGACCCUUUCAGACUUGAACUUGGCUAGCGGCCAAGCAGCGAGCGGCGAGCUGCGCCUGCCCCCCGAAGCCGUCUUUGAGGCUUUCGAGGAGGUCAAGAAGCUGACAGACCAGUUCAUUGCCGACUACCGCUGCGCCGACUACAUGAACACGGCGAUGCCGAAGCAGACACAGCUCUGCGUUGCCCUCGCCGUCGAGGCGUUUGAGCAACUUGGCUGCCCGCUGGCAUCGGCCCGGGCGGGCACUAUCCUGCAGCGCAUCGAGCAUCGGCCCGAGCAUGCGCGUCUCGUCGAGUGGCUGUACCAGGUGCUGGAGCACGAGGCCCGGCUCGUCGACGUAUCGCCCGCCACGGGGGUCAUCACCCGCACCGCGGUCGCGGCGCCCGCCACGUCCAGCGAAGCGAUCCUCGCCGAGCUGCUCCCGGCAUAUCCAGACCACGAGUGGGCCAACCGGCUCACCUACUUCGCCGGCCGCCGGCUCGCUGAGGUGCUGCGAGGCGAGCAGGACGGCAUCAAGCUGAUCUUCGGCACCGACGAGGGCCGGGAGCUGGUGACGGGUCUGUACGGGGACAGCCUGCUGAACAAACUCGCCAACGUGCAGAUGCAGCACAUCCUGGAGCGGUUGGUGGGCAAGCUCGAGAAGCCGUUCCCGGGUCCGCUGAAGGUCAUGGAGCUCGGGGCGGGCACCGGCGGGACCACCAAGGGCCUGGUCCCGCUCCUGGACAGGCUCGGGGUGCCGGUCGAGUACACCUUCACCGACCUGUCGGCGUCCUUCGUGGCAGCCGCGCGCAAGAAGUUCUCGAAGCAGUACCCGUUCAUGAAGUUCCGCGUGCACGACAUCGAGAAGGAACCGGCGGCGGACCUGCUCGGGACCCAGCACAUCGUCGUCGCGAGCAACGCCAUCCACGCGACGCGCAGUCUCGCGACCUCGGUGACCAACAUCCGCAAGGCCCUGCGCCCGGACGGCUUCCUGAUGAUGCUCGAGAUGACGGAGCCGCUGUGCUGGGUCGAUAUGAUCUUCGGCCUGUUCGAGGGCUGGUGGCUGUUUGACGACGGGCGACGCCACGCCAUCGCGCACCAGUCCCGCUGGCGGGCCGAUCUGGAAGCCGCCGGCUACGGCAGGAUCGACUGGACCGACGGCUGGAGGCCCGAGACGGAAAUCCAGCGUGUCUUCGUCGCCCAGGCCUCGGUGCAGCCCGGCUUCUCCACGCAGCCCACCCCGAUGACGUUCGAGCCGCCGCGCCGCGCCCUGGAGACCUUGAGCAACGCGCAAAAGCUCCAGCUCGACGCAUAUGUGAGCACGUAUACGCAAGGCUUCGAGCCACCGACGGCCAGCGACGCAGCCGCGGCGGGAGAUGACGGCGUGGUUGUCGCCGUCACGGGCGCCACCGGAUCUUUGGGCGCGCAUCUGGUCGCCCACCUCGCGUCGCUCCCCACCGUCAAGACCGUCUACUGUCUGAACCGCCGGAGCACCACGGCCGAGCCCACAGAGAGACAGCUUGAGGCAUUCACCUCGCGCGGUAUCCAGAUCAGCCGCGAAACCGUCGCCGCCAAGCUCCGCGUCGUCGUGGUGGACUCGGCAAAGCCGAAGCUGGGUCUGGACGCGGAUGCGUACCGCGACUUAGUGCAGAGCGUCACCCACAUUGUGCACAACGCGUGGCCCAUGACGGGCAAGCGGCCCGUCUCGGGUCUCGAGGCGCAGUUCCACGUCAUGAGGAACCUCAUCGACCUGGCGCGAGACGCGGCGAGCUGCCGGCCCGAAGAGGCGAGCAUCACGUUCCAGCUCAUCUCGUCCAUCGCCGUGAUGGGCCACUACUCGCUGGUCGACGGCAACGGCCGCUUCGCGCCCGAGGUGCGCGCCGCGGCGCACCAUCUUCUCCCCAACGGCUACGCGCAGGCCAAGUGGGUGUGCGAGCGCAUGCUUGACGAGACGCUGCACCGGUAUCCGGCGCGGUUCCGGCCCAUGGUGGUGCGGCCGGGCCAGAUCGCGGGCAACUCGACCAGCGGCUACUGGAACCCCGUGGAGCACCUCAGCUUCCUGGUCAAGAGCUCGCAGACGCUCCGGGCGCUGCCGGCCCUGCGCGGGGACGUGUGCUGGACGCCGGUGGACCGCGUGGCGGGCGCGGUGGCGGACCUGCUCCUGCUGGACGCCAGCGUGCGGCCGCACCCGGUCUACCACAUCGACAACCCCGUGCGGCAGCCGUGGGAGCAGCUGCUGCCCGUGCUGGGGCGGGAGCUGGGCGUGCCGCCGCAGAACGUGAUUGGCUUCGACGAGUGGGUGCGGCGCGUGCGGCGGUUCCCGGGCGCCGUCGACGACAAUCCCGCGGCGCGGCUGAUCGACUUCCUGGACGACAACUUUGUGCGCAUGAGCUGCGGCGGCCUGCUGCUCGAGACGCGCAACGCCUGCGAGCACUCGCCCACGCUGCGCGCCGUGGGGCCGGUUGGCGAGGAGCUGGUGAAGAGAUACGUCGAUUGGUGGAAGGAGACUGGGUUCUUACAUCGUUGA